UUCGCGGACGCUCGGACGCCCCGCCCCGCCCCGCGGCUUCGCCAAUCAGCGAGCUCCUGAAGGGGGCGGGGUCUGAGAAAAAUGGCUGCGGCGUUCCGGAGCUUGAAGGGUUUAGUGGCCAUAAUAACCGGAGGCGCCUCGGGCUUAGGCCUGGCCACAACAGAGCGACUGGUGGAGAAGGGGGCCAGUGUUGUUCUUCUGGACCUGCCCAGCUCGGAUGGGGAGGUCCAGGCCAAGAAGCUAGGGAAGAACUGCGCCUUCGCCCCAGCUGACGUGACCUCCGAGAAGGACGUGCAAGCAGCCCUGACUCUAGCAAAAGAAAAGUUUGGCCGUGUGGACGUGGCAGUCAAUUGUGCAGGCAUUGCAGUAGCCGUAAAGACAUACAACUUAAAGAAGAACCAGGCCCACACCUUGGAGGACUUCCAGCGAGUUCUCAAUGUGAAUCUCUUAGGUACCUUCAAUGUGAUCCGCCUUGUGGCUGGUGUGAUGGGCCAGAAUGAACCAGAUCAGGGAGGCCAACGUGGGGUCAUCAUCAAUACUGCCAGUGUGGCUGCCUUUGAGGGCCAGGUUGGACAAGCUGCAUAUUCUGCUUCCAAGGGGGGCAUAGUGGGCAUGACAUUGCCCAUCGCUCGGGAUCUGUCUUCCAUGGGCAUCCGGGUGAUAACCAUUGCUCCAGGCCUAUUUGACACCCCACUCCUGAACUCCCUCCCAGAGAAAGUACGCAACUUCCUGGCCAGCCAGGUGCCCUUCCCCAGGCGACUGGGCGACCCUGCUGAUUAUGGUCAUCUGGUACAGUCCAUUAUCGAGAAUCCAUUCAUCAAUGGAGAGGUCAUCCGGCUGGAUGGAGCCAUCCGCCUACAGCCUUGAAGAGAGAGGGUAGAGAAAACACUCUUCCAGCCUUCUCCCCCCGCCCCUGCACACUGUGCUAUAGUUUGGGAGGAAGCUAGUAGCCACUUUGUAACUGCCCACUAGUUAUCCUCUGUGCCUAAUAAAGUAUCUUUUACAGGAA